GCCAUUAAACCCUAAGGCCUUGAACUGUGGGCGUGGUUGUCUGUACCAGCUGACAUGCGAUGCCAGGAUGCCCCGGAGGCAGCAGGGGUGUGACACGAUUACGAGUAAAAAGGUCAUCCAAAAUGGCGGGACUGAACAUGUUCGUUUGUAUCGCGGCCCUUAUGUUAGUGUGCCUCUCAUUCGCUGCUGAGCCUUCCAAGGGACGCACGGAACCGUCUGCGCCACCCAAAGAGCCUGAGACAGCGGAGGCUGGGGGAAAACAUUCCAGUGCCCCAGGUGCGGACCAGCCGCAGACGGAGCCCGCUAACUGGUGCCGGGACACGGUGCAGACUGUCGGGGCGGUGGUCGGGGCUGGGGUUACCGGAGCCGUCGCUAAGGCCAUGACAAUCAUGGGGGACAAAAUGGGAGUUGGUGGUCCUGUGGCUGGCAUGCUGUCAUGGUUCGGUAGGGGGCCCAAUGUUUACGCUACGUCAGCUGCGGGUGCUGCGAUUGGCUACAUCACAACGGUCGGCGGGAGAGUCUGCGAAUUCUACGAGCAGCAUCAGGAGUUCAUCGACAACAUUAUCAAUAGCGUUAAGGGACAAAGUCAAUCGUAGAACCGUUGUGUUCCGUUAGCUCAAGUGCCUAG